AUGACCGGAUCGGCCAUCAAGUGGAUUACUCCACCGAUGACCGGAUCGGCCAUCGAGUGGAUUACUCCACCGAUGACCGGAUCGGCCAUCGAGUGGAUAACUACUCCACUCCAUGGCCAGACCGGGUCAUUGAGUGGAGUAGUUAUCCACUCGAUGGCCAGACCGGGGAAAGGCCAAGCGUUCUCUGAAGAGCUCCCCGAAGAGACAACAUUUCAGGCUAGAAUCAAGGACCGAGUCAUUGGUUCCUCCGCUACGAACUGGAGACGAACGGAGACCCCCCCACACCUCAACGCUCCAGCCCCUUCCUCAAUGCAAGCUCCGGUGCCUGAGUUUCGACCGCCGGCAAUGCAAUCCAACCUCCUAGCCAGCCUCAUUGCCGAAAUGCGCCUUCAACGCAAGGAGGACCGCGCAAGACACAAGGACCUUAUGAAUUGUUGUGAUGCGGAGAAUGUCAGAUCCAAUCAACGGGCUCUUCUAGACAAGGAUGCCAAGAUAUUGGCCAUUGUUAACGCAGCGCUGAAAAAGCUAAAGCCAGAACAGAUUCUCAAUGUCGACGGAUCGAAUAUCCAGUCGUGGGACAAAGCUCUCGGCGUCAUAGCUUUCAAACGUUUUCAGGACGAAUUCUUCUACACCCCAGAGGAGGACGCAAUUGUCGACCCGUACCAAGAGAAGAUAGCGCGAGGGAUCAUCCACUUCUCAGCCGAGGUGAUAUCAGCUUUCGACAGAUGCGCGAAAACUUUCAUUGAACAAGGCAUUGAGUUCACCUGGGACAACGUCACUGCCCUGAUUUUCCAGAAAGUUGACCUCUUCAUGGAGACCCGAGAUUUCCAACUACCUGCCUCCUCCGACGUACUGCAACUGUGGGAUUUGGCCCGUAUUGAACACAGGCUAGCGGAAGAAACCGGAAGAUCAGAUACCUCAGCAAUGAACAUAAAGCUAGCUAGCCAAUUGGACAAUGUCACCCUAGCUAGCCGCAGCAAUACUAGUGUUUCAGGAACAAGCUCAGCGGCUGAAGAGGGUCAGCAAGUCAGUGCUCUGGCGCUGAACAAGCCACCUAUCUGCUACAUAUGCAAGCAAAACGGACACUACGCAACCAACUGUCCAACUAGCCGGAAAAACAACCCAAGUCACCGACCAGUGCCCAGUCGGCCCAAUCCCAACUCCCAACCCCAAUUCCCUUCAUGCUUGGUUACCUACAACUUCGACCGAGUGCCAUACAUCAAACCGAUUCAACCAGAAUCAAGAGAUCCAGCGCCAACAAAGUCAGCUUCGUCUCCUUUCGUCAAACCAAAAGGCACACCCAAUAUAGCCAAGAAAAUUGAGACACAACAAAUCAACCCGGACCUGUUCGCCAAUGAUGAAGCUGAGACUGUUGAAUAUGUUAUUGAAGGUGAAUAUCUUUCUGCCGAACCGGGUGAUCAACGCUUCAACCUCCGAGAAAUGAUCAUUCAACGUGACGGCCAAGAAGUCAUCUGGGACUCUGGCGCAUCUGACAACGUCACCGGAGAUAGGUACGCAUUGCACAACUUCGUAACUAUAGACCACCCUAUUGCCGUGAAAGUAGCAACUGACUCCAACUGUGACUACAUUACAGGCAUGGGUACCUUGAAAUUUGUCGGGAUGAACAAGGCAAUCAUUGUAGUUAAAAAGAUCUUCUACUGUGAGCGUGCUUGCUCUACCUUAUUGUCUAUUGCGGCAUUCAAGAAGUCUAAUGCAAUGUUUUUUGUGAACGGGAACUUUGAUUCAAUAGAUCUAGUCGACGGCAAUGGAAGCGUCCUCCUCCAUAGCGAAUUUGAUCCCAUCCAUAACACGUGGCCACUACCAAUUCCCACUCAAGCCAUUGUUUCCUCUGUUGUUUCACCCUCUCAUGUCCAAUGGAGCAUAGUCAGUUUACAUGGAAUCCCGAGGAGCUGA